AUGUCCGCAUUCGAUGUUGAGGCUCUUCUUGAGUCGGCCGCCGCCGCACCCGCCGAGGCUUCUGCCAAACAGGAUGAGCGUGAGGGCAGCGCACACCCCGAUUACGAUCGCCGUGAUCGUUCUCGCGAUAGACGUCGCCGCAACGAUCGUGACCGCAGCCGUGACCGCCGACGCCCCGACCGAGACGAUGCUGAUGAAGAGAUGACCAGCCCACGAAGCGAGCAUGGAAGUGCCCAUGGAAGCCAGCGGAGCCGAAAGCGGAGUCGUAGCCGUGAAUCUGACCGUCGUCGUCGCCGUGAUGAUCACCGCUCCGGUGGUGAUUUUUACCGCGGCGGAGGUCGGGUGCGCUCUCGCUCCCGCUCGCCCUACAAUGAUCGCCACUACCGCCCUGGCCGUCGUGACCGCGAUGAUGAUCGUCGUCCCCGUCGUGGCCGUGAUGAGCGCCGUGGAACCCCUUCCCGCCGUGAGGAAAAGUCCCCCGAACUUAAUGAAGAUGAACGUGAUAGUCGAACUAUCUUUGUGCAGCAACUUGCAGCUCGUCUGCGCACGAAGGACCUCAUGGCCUUCUUCGAAAAGGUCGGCCCUGUCAAGGAAGCCCAGAUCGUUAAAGAUCGUAUCAGCGGACGCUCCAAAGGUGUCGGAUAUGUUGAAUUCCGCAACGAGGAAUCCGUUCAGGCCGCUAUUCAGCUUACUGGCCAGCAGCUCUUGGGAAUCCCCAUCAUUGCGCAACUGACUGAAGCGGAGAAAAACCGCCAAGCACGUAACCCCGAACCUACCUCCGGCAAUCACCACGCCGCUCCCUUCCAUCGCCUCUACGUUGGAAAUGUCCACUUCAGCAUCACCGAAAGCGAUCUUCAGAAUGUCUUCGAACCCUUCGGUGAUCUCGAAUUUGUCCAGUUGCAGAAGGAUGAAACUGGUCGCAGCAAAGGAUAUGCAUUUGUUCAGUUCUGUGACCCUAACCAGGCCCGUGAUGCGCUGGAGAAGAUGAACGGAUUUGAACUUGCUGGACGCGCUAUUCGAGUUGGUCUUGGCAAUGAUAAGUUCACCCCAGAGUCGAACACGAACCGUACCCCAGGAUCCCAAUCUACCUCCCAGCAGAAUUUCCAGGGCUCUUCAUUCUCCGGUCAGGGAGGCCGCGGCGUCCAGGCCGGCGGCUCCAACAACUUCGACCGUGCCGGCGGACGUGAGAACGAAAAGGGUGGCGGUGCCAGUGCCCUCGAUGAUACAGAUGUUGCCGGUGUCAACUUCAACAACUACUCUAGGGACGCGUUGAUGCGCAAACUUGCACGUACAGAUGAACCCCAACCUGAUGACAAGCAGAAGAUGCUCCGACCCAAGACCGAGACGAAGCCCCUUCCCGUUAACGUCAAUAUGGCUAGUCGAUGUGUGUUGCUUCGCAAUAUGUUUGACCCCGCUGAGGAAACUGCCGAGGGCUGGAUCAAAGAGCUGGAGGAAGAUGUUCGCCGAGAGUGCGAGCAGAAAUAUGGCCAUGUUGUUCACAUCUCGCUAGAUUCCAAUUCCCAAGGAGACAUCUACCUGAAGUUCGACCGCGUCCAGGGCGGCGAGAACGCCAUCAAGGGUCUCAACGGCCGGUUCUUCGGCGGAAAGCAAAUCACUGCCCAGCCCGUCGUUGAUGCCGUCUACAGCAGCCUUUUCUCCCGGACCAAGGCCAUUUAA